AGUCCCUCACUCUCCCCCACCACCCAUUCUCAAUGGCAUUGAGUUUCUGGUCGCAGGUUCCAAGCUUUCUGUCCCUCUAGCCGCCCUGUACCUGGCACCUCCCAUUGGCCGGAUGCAGGUCACCUGAUCGCUCCCCGCAGGAUACAAUAUGGCGCUGUCCAUCUAGCUGCUGCUGGAAGGCGUGGAGAUUGCAGGUGCUUUGGGGCAAGGCUGGUCUUUGUUUUGGGGCUGAACCGUGCCUGGCACAGCGAGGCUGUGGAAGUGUUUGUGGUAUCUUUCUUGUACUCUGGAGACGGCUGUGACACAGGGUGUUCUGAGGAAGGCUAAUGUCGCUCUGGUUUAGCUUAUGAGACGCUGUGUCCUGCAGUCAGGCAGAACUGUAGCAAAUUGGGUGACUGGAAGGGGCCGGAGAUUCCUACCCGCCAAAGAUCUGCUAGCCAGAGAGCUCUGGACUGCCAAGGACAUGGAGGAAGAACACUCACAGGAAGCCAAUGGCUCCUGUCCAGAACAGAGGGAGGGGCAGCCGCCUGCCUCUGAUCCAGUGGUGGAUGCUGGGAGCUGUGCCGGCCCCAUGAAAACGGGGGAGACUGUGAUUACCGAGGGAAAAGCGAAGAUCAUCUUCCCCAGUGCCAACGAAGUGUUCUACAACCCCGUGCAGGAGUUUAACCGAGACCUGACGUGUGCUGUGAUCACGGAAUUCAUUCGCCUGCGGCUUGUGGCAAAGGGGAUUCAAAGUAAGAGCAGGAUGGUCACGGUAGCGCGACUGCCACUAGCACCUUGGCUUUCAAAGCCAGAUGAGAUCCUCUUGGGGGCGGCGGCGGACCCGGCGCCUGACGGGCAGGGGACGGACCAGGCGGCGGCGGGAGACGUGUGCGAGGAGGGAGUGCGGGUCUUGGAGGCCCUGGCUGCCUCGGGGCUCCGCUCCAUCCGCUUUGCCAAGGAGGUGCCCGGCCUGCGGGCUGUGGUGGCCCACAAAGCGAAGAAGGAGCCGUUCGAUAUCAUCGACCUGGACCCGUAUGGCAGCCCGGCCACCUUCCUGGACGCCGCCGUGCAGGCCGUGAGCGAUGGCGGCUGCCUCUCAGUGCCUCCCCGGCCUGCCCGCAGGAUGCUGAUGUAUGAGCAGAAAGCGAAGAAGGAGCCGUUCGAUAUCAUCGACCUGGACCCGUAUGGCCGCCCGGCCACCUUCCUGGACGCCGCCGUGCAGGCCGUGAGCGAUGGCGGCCUGCUGUGCGUCACCUGCACCGACAUGGCAGUGAUGGCCGGGAACAGCGGGGAGACGUGUUACAGCAAGUACGGAGCCAUGUCUCUCAAGGGCAAAUUCUGCCAUGAGAUGGCCCUGCGGAUCAUCCUGCACAGCCUGGACCUGCACGCCAACUGCUACCAGCGCUACAUCGUGCCGCUGCUGUCGGUCAGCGCCGACUUCUACAUCCGGGUCUUCGUGCGGGUCUUCUCCGGCCAGGCCACUGUGAAAGCCUCUGCCAGCAAACAGGCCCUGGUGUAUAACUGCGUGGGCUGCGGGAGCCACGGGAGCAAUUUUAAAUACUCAGCUGCCUCCGGCCCCCCCGUGGGCCCCUCCUGCGAGCACUGCGGCCAGCGGCACCAGCUGGGGGGCCCCGUGUGGGCGGAGCCCCUCCACGACCUGGCCUUUGUCCAGAACAACCCGGGGCGGUUCCGGACACAGGCACGGAUCCAGGGCGUGCUGAGCAUGGUGACCGAGGAGCUGAGCGACGUCCCGCUGUAUUACACCCUGGACAGCCUGAGCAGCACCAUCCACUGCAACACGCCCCCUCCUCCCCCCCAGGAGAGACUCCAUCCAGUGAAGAGAGAGCGACUCUCGGGCUCCAGCCCGGCCUUCCACAUCCUCGCCGUGGAGCCCACGCUGCAGGCGUCCUUCACCAUCCGCGAGGACGCCAACCCCAAAUCCCGGAAGCAGGGCCUGAAACGAUUCCAGGAGAACCCCGAAGCCUACUGGGGCCCUAAAGCCAGAGCUAAGACAGGGGGGGGCAUUUCCACCUCCCUGCAGGACAAGAGGAAGCUGCAUCAGAACAAGCGGAAGGAGAGGGUGGAGGACAGGAGCCGCUUGAAAAACAAGAGACUCAAGGAGGCGAGCGAGGGGGGGGCGGAGAAGUGCUGUCCCUCCCCCGAACCAGCCCCUGCUGCGGGGGCGUUUUGCUUUGUUUUGUUUUAA